GCGCGCUGUGUCUUGUGGGUGGAAGCAGGCUGACUGGGUUUUGGCGUUUCGCGCAAUGCUGCGGCUCGAAGACCUGGAGCUGACACAGAGCACAGGAAUUUGACCUUGGAAGCCUGGGUUUUUUUCAUCUCUAUGAUAAUAAUAGAACCUGCAUCCUGAGAGUUUUAAGGAUUAAAUGAGAUGUUGGAAGUUCAAUGCUCAGCCCGGUGCCUUGACAUAGACACUUGAAUUAGUUUUGUCAGAAGAGAAAUGGAGGAGCCAUAGAACAUUAAGGAUGAAUUCAGGAAGACCUGAGACCAUGGAGAACUUGCCUGCUCUCUACACUAUUUUCCAAGGAGAGGUUGCUAUGGUGACAGACUAUGGAGCCUUUAUCAAAAUCCCAGGCUGUCGGAAGCAAGGUCUGGUCCAUCGAACUCACAUGUCAUCCUGUCGUGUGGAUAAGCCUUCUGAGCUAGUAGAUGUUGGAGACAAAGUGUGGGUGAAGCUUAUUGGUCGAGAGAUGAAAAAUGAUAGGAUAAAAGUAUCCCUCUCCAUGAAAGUUGUCAACCAAGGAACUGGGAAAGACCUCGACCCCAACAACGUUAUCAUUGAGCAAGAGGAGAGGCGAAGGCGGUCCUUCCAGGAUUACACUGGGCAGAAGAUCACCCUCGAGGCUGUCCUUAACACUACCUGCAAGAAGUGUGGCUGUAAAGGCCACUUUGCAAAGGAUUGUUUCAUGCAACCAGGGGGCACCAAAUACUCUCUGAUACCUGAUGAAGAAGAAGAGAAGGAAGAGGCAAAGUCAGCUGAGUUUGAGAAGCCUGACCCCACAAGGAAUUCUUCCAGAAAAAGAAAGAAGGAAAAGAAGAAAAAGAAACAUAGAGAUAGGAAGUCAUCUGACUCUGACAGCUCAGACUCUGAGAGUGAUGCAGGCAAGAGGGCAAGGCACGCAUCCAAGGACAGCAAGGCAGCAAGGAAGAAGAAGAAGAAGAAGAAGCACAGGAAGAGGCACAAGGAGUGAGAGUGGAGAGCAGAUGGGGGGCUGAGAGAAGGAACCAGGAGCCUUGGGCCUGGAUACCCUGGCUCCUGGAAAGACUCAGUAGUGAGAAUAUGGCCUCCCACCCCGUUGACUUCUCUCCCGUGGGAGAUGGCUUCCCUUUAGGCAGCAGGCAGGUUUGGGAGUUAGAUGUCAAAAGCACUGCCUGGAUGAGUUGUUGUUUCCUGUCAUUCCCAGUCCCUUUGCAAGUGACCCCUGCAGCUCACCCAUUCAUUCACCCAACUUCAUUCAGCAGGAGGUCCUAUUAACAACCUCUCCAGCUGCCACUGCCAGAGCCAGAUUUCCAUACAGGAGUCCGGCUAGAACCACAGGUACUGCUGUGGAGUAAGUCUGGCCGUAGUUAGAGAUCAGUGAUUGGCCCCUCCCUGUUGGUCUGCCCUGGGCUGAUCGGUGGGUGAUCUCAGCUGCAUCUAAUACAGGGGCAGAGGGAGGCUGGCAGUAUGAAGCAAAACAUGGUAAGAAGUGGGGCUCACUUUUCCCAUUCCCCCUGACAUGAUUCUACUAUGCUAGAAGUGACAGCCAGUGGUCACAGCCAGAAAAUCAUUGUUUGCGGUGACUGAGCUUGUAUAGAACGUCCUGCCAGACCACUGAACCAGAUAGCUCAAGCCAAGAUCAUUGCUUUACUUUGUAUUUACUGUGAGUCACUUGGUUCCACUUCAGGUCUCUGCUUAAAUUCCUGGCACUAAAUGGAAGUGUGUUUGGUUUUAAA